AUGUCCGUCCCGCUGCAUCAUGCAUGCACUCGCACCCCGGUGACUGCCCUUGCCUUUGCGGGCCAAUACAUUCUCACUGCCGAAGGCCCAUUUUUGCGCGUCUUCCUCAAAAGUGGUUCGGACUGCCUCUUCACUGAGAAAAUCUUUGAGAACCAGACGGUCCACGGGCUUGCAGUCGUCGAUGCGUCCCACUCGGAUUAUUUGUCAGUGAUUGCGUACGGAGGACACCUUGUCCGGCACCUGCGACUUUCGCAUGAUGGAAUUGCGCGUACAUUUGGUCUGGACCAGGGCCCAGUCGCCCGGGUUUCGGACUGGGUUUUAGAUCUCGCCCACCCCUUUCAAAAGCUUAACACCACUGUUGCUGUCACUGCCCACAACCAAAUCGUACGACUUUGCUGGACAAGCUCGCCGCCAAGUGCUUGCCUGACCGUCUCCAACCUUACCGUCAGCUCCCGCUGCAUCCUCUACUCGGCGCAUCUCUCUUGGCUGUCCGCAGCCAAGGUCCUCGUCGCCUCGGGAACCGCCUUCGGUGAGAUCUUGGUCUGGUCCUGCGACUUCACCAACCUUGACAAGCCGCGCUCAUGCGUCCACCACUUUUUUACCGGUCACGAGGGAUCUGUCUUCGGCGUUCAGAUCUCACUGCCGUUCUACGUCUCAGAAGACCAGACAAACCGUCAUCAGCUGUUGGCCAGUUGCAGCGAUGACCGCACUGUGCGCAUCUGGGACAUCUCCCAACUACCCGACGGAGGGGACUUCUCCACAUCAGACGACGCUCUCGGCUUGGUGCAGGACCGAGAGACUGGCUUCGGCGCCAAUGCCAACUCAGACCAGGAAAACUGCCUUGCCGUAGCAUGGGGGCAUACUUCGCGAGUAUGGGCGAUUCGCUUUAUUGCUUUCUCCCCGGCCGACAAGGCCCGUCGCUUCGUCUCUUUUGGUGAAGACGCAACAACCCGUGUCUGGGACCUCAACUGCACCUUGUCCGCACACGACCGGUCUCCGCGCUUGAAGGUGGAUGCCACGCUUCUGGAUACGCGGGCUUUUCACUCUGGGAAGAACAUCUGGGCCAUGGAUAUAGCCACACCCACGCAACCUGCAGACUUCGAAAUCUGUACUGGUGCGGCAGACAGUGCAAUCGUCAGCCACCAUUGGCCCUUGACACCCCUCGAGUCAGUCUCACCGCAACCGACAACUGAUGCCCACAGGUGCUGCUCAUUUGUCUCUGAUCGCGUGGUCAUAUCCGCUACGAACAGUGGCAAAGUCAUCAGGGGCAGUGACAGCAACAACGCUUUCGCCUGGGAGGUCGUGGACCAGAUUGACGAUCUCAAAGGCUACUCGGUUUCAGUUGGCUUGCCGGUGUGCAACCUAGCAUUUCUGGCCGGCAGCAGCGGCAAAAUCUACGCAUACCAGGACAGCUCUCGCCAGUUUUCUGUUGUUGCCCAAAUGAGUCGAAAGAUCGCCACAAUCUUCGCCUCCCAUUUUUGCGACUUGGACGGUGCAGGCUUUAUCAGCCUCAUUGUCACAACCGUCGGCGCCAAGGUCACUGAAAGCUUUCUCUUUUCAUGGGAACCUGACUCCGUAGGACUUGUACUAAAGAAGAAGACAACACUAGACUUACCGCGCUCGUUUGUCGUCACAAGCGCUCUAUACACCCCGAUGCUGGUUCAGACAAUAAUCUUCCUGGGUGCCAGAAAUGGUUCAGUGGCACAGUUCUCUGACACAGCCCGAGAAGAGGCUUCGGAAGUUGAGACUCUGCAACCAUGCGCUGUUUUCGAGCUUCAUGCGCCGGAGACGGUGACCGCGCUAGCGUGGAUACCACACGAGUCGUCAACGCUCACCCAAAACCACCUCCUUGGCUACUUGAUAUCCACAGGUCGCGACGGACAUUAUGCCACUACAGAGAUCUCCACCGAUAUGCACGCCAUUGUUGCUCACCAAAUCAGCCUGCCUUUCGGUCCAAAUAUUGAGGGAUGCUUUGUGGACAGAGGCAGUCUCGUUGUGUACGGCUUUCGCGGCAAGCACUUUGUUGCGAUUGAUGCUUCCACGGAGCAAGAAGUUUUCUCCGUCGAGUGUGGAGGUGCUCACCGCAUCUGGAGCUUCUGUCCGUCCGACGCCAGCGAGGGAGGUACCUUUGUAUGGAAUCAAGCUUCCACGCUGAAGCUGCAUUCCACUAGCGGGGUGUCCCAUAAGAUCAUCAGAUCCGGUGGCCAUGGCCGAGAGAUCAAGAACGCAGCUGCAUGCCCGAGCAAUCCACGCAUGGUUGCAACAGGAGCCGAAGACACCACGAUCCGUAUCUUCGAGUAUGGCGUGCAUGACAGCUCACUUCCCGAUUUCAGAUGCGUGAGGGUGUUGCGAAAGCACGUCACGGGUAUACAGCACCUCGCUUGGUCUGAUGAUGGAAAGUAUCUCUUCAGCAGCGGCGGCUAUGAGGAGUUUUUCGUGUGGAGGGUACGCCAACUCCCAGUGGUUGGUCUAGGCAUCGUGUGUGAGGCAGUCUGUCCGCCGGAGAGUGAACUGCCCGACCUACGAAUCAUGGGCUUCUCCAUCCAAGCAAGCCCCAAGGCGGGAGCCGACGCCAGCUUCCUCGCCACACUCGCAUACUCAGACUCCACCAUCAGAACCUACUCCUACAUCUCCACCCCCACCGCCAAGACCUUCACCCUCCUCCACGCCGGGACCUACCUCACCUCCUGCCUCACGCAAACCACCUACCUCACCCCAUCGCUCCUCCUCACCGCCGGCACAGACGGCCACAUCGCCUUCUGGCCCCUCCCCCCCACCAAUAACAACAACACCAACGCCUCCGACGCCUCCGCCUCCGACUCCACCUCACCCCCCCUCCCCCUAACCCCCACCUCCCGCACCCCCAUCCACCAAAGCACCAUCAAAGCCCUCGCCCACACCCGCCUCUCCCCCACCACCUCCCUGCUCCUCACCGCCGGCGACGACAACGCCGUCGCUUUCACGCUGCUGCUGCUCCGUGCAGACGACAGCGCGGCGGCCGCCGACGCCGACGCCGGAGGAGGAGGAGGCCCCGACGGUGCUGGGUCCGCCGGCAACGACGCCGUCAGGACGAGCACUCUCGUCAUCCCUCGCGCGCACGCCGCGACGGUUACGAGCGCGGUGUUGCUCUGUGCGGGUGAUGAUGGUGGUGGUGGUGGUGGUGGCGAUGAUGACGGGAAGAGAAGCGAUGCGGACGCAGACGCAGACGCAACGGCACCAACGACAUCAACGACGACGACGACGACAUCGACGACGCCGAAGACGACGACGACGCAAAUGAAGCGGCUCCUCGCCAUCACGGCAGGCAGCGACCAGCGCGUCAAGGUGUGGGAGGUUGGCGUCGACGUCGACGAUGGCGUGGGCGUGGGCGCGGAGGCGGUAAGGGUUAGGCGGUUGGCGGACGAGGGGACGGCGGUGGCGGAUGUGGCGGAUGUGGUUGUCUUGGCGGGUGGUGGUGGUGGUGGUGGUGCGGGAGGGGACGGAGAUGGGGUGGGGGAGCUGCUGCCGCCGGGGCGGAGGGUGAGGAGGACGACGGGCAGGACGAGGACGGUGGUGGUUGUGGGGGUGGGGAUGGAGGCGUGGGAGGUGGAGGUUGGUGGACUGUGA